AUGUCGAUGAAUCUACUUAUUAUCUCCAACUGGACGGCAUAUCUAUAUUUUGGCCUAUGGCCAUCUGCGGAAAUUGGCUCAUAUUUGAGAGCGCCUAUACGAUCAAUCAUCGGAAUAGAUCUCAAAACAACAGCGUUUGUGGGCUUUUGCGUGAAGCCUACACUCAAGUGGAGUCAAUUUAUAUUUGUCAUUGAUUCCGUGGUUACAUUGUCACUAUUGACCUGUGCUGGAAUCUACUGGGCUAUACAAAUCAAUAUCACGCUGAGAAAGUCUUCUCUCAGCAGUCAUACAAAGGCUAUGCACCGUCGAAUGAACAGUCUUCUUGUGGUGCAG